GUGAACACACAGCCACCAAACAAGUUAAUGUUUUUAUGUCUUGGAGUUGAACUUCCUAAAAUACAGAUAAAGUGUUCAUUCCUCAAGAUUCCUUUUCCUUGAAACUUACCAUCAAAACACUCUUGGACUUGGAAACUGAGGAGAGGGAGAGAGGAAGAAGAAGAGAGAAAAAAAGAAAGAAAAAAAAAAUGAGUUUGCCCAAAUCAUCUGCAUCACAGUGCACAGAGAGAGGAUGCUUCUCUUCCCCAGUCAUGUUGUGGACUGUUGCUGGGAUCUCCAUCCUACUCCUCAGUGCCUGUUUCAUCACCAGAUGUGUUGUGACAUAUCACAUCUUUCAACUCUGUGUUGAGAAAAGGGUCCAGCCACAUGAGGAGUUCUUGGAAUUUUCCUGCUACAAUAAUGGAUCAGGUUCAGUCAAGAAUUGCUGUCCAUCAAGAUGGGUACAUUUUCAAUCUAGUUGCUACUUUUUUUCUACAAACACAAUGACCUGGUCAGCAAGUGUAAAAAACUGCUCAAACAUGGGAGGUCAUCUGGUGGUUAUCAACACACAGGAGGAGCAGGAAUUCCUUUUCCAUGAGAAACCUAAAAAAAGAGAGUUUUACAUUGGACUAACAGACCAGGUGACUGAUGGUCAGUGGAAAUGGGUAGAUGGCACACCUUUCAUGAAGUCUCUAAGCUUCUGGGAUGUAGGGGAGCCCAACAACUUAGCUACAGUGGAGGACUGCGUCACUAUCAGAGACUCUUCAAAUCCUAGGCAAAACUGGAAUGACGUGCCCUGUUUCUUCAAUUUGUUUCGGAUUUGUGAAAUGCCAGGAAAAAUAUUUUGAACAAAUAAAAAUCUCCAAGAACAGAAAGCACAACUUAAAUGUAUAAACAAGGAGGAACAGGACUGUGGACGGAGCCACAACUCCAAUUAGAGAAACACAUUUGCAGCUUCCAUGUAAAUAAAAAUAAGUCAUUUUGAAUGUAUAAUUCAUGAUACUGAACUGAAGUACAUUUUUCUCUGUAUUAGCCUCUCAGGCCUUCUUCUCAGAAUUUAUGAGGCAAUUCUCUAGCAGAUGCUGUGAGAAGAAAGGCAUGCUCCUUUUGGUACACUUGCUUCAUUUGUGAGAAUUUAAUGAAAAUACAGGGACAAACAGCAAGUACAGAGUUCAUCAAAGAAGGUUUUGGAAAGCGCCUUUGAACAAUCACCUGAACCCAGGUUCUGUGUCAGCUCCUCUUCUUUUUAGUUUCUGAAAAGUCUGUCUUCUCUUCCUGGGUUCAUACUGUUUUUAUCCCCUGCCCAAGCAUAUAUCCUCAAUAUGUUCUGUACAAGGAGUAAGAAACUUCAAGUCAUGAAACUUAUUAUUGCUCAAAAAACUGGUGUGGACUUUUGGGCCAAAGGCCUUUACUGUGCCUUGUUAAGGAAAGGUCAUGGUAACCUUCAGCGCCAAUCUGACUCAUUCAGUCCACCCCUUUUGUUCUCUAUUCUCUUCCGUUGACUAAUUAGAUCUUACCUGAAUUUGUAUCUAUUGCUCAGCCAGGGCCAGAGUGCAAUAGUCAAAUUAUCCUAAGAAAACAUUCCGUUUCACAGUUUUCUAUUUCAAGCCUAUUCACUUAUUGCAUAAUAUUCUAUUAAUAUUGAUAGUUACUCAGUAAUAUGUAAAUAAUGUGGCAGUUUUUGUAAAUAUGUUUCUUGCACACAGCACCAUAAAGAGACCCUCAAAACUCAUAUACUGAAACCAAUGUGUAAUUAUUAAAUGGGAAAAUCCAACUGAA